GGAGUAAAAAGGGCGUUGAAUUGUGUGGUGCGGUAUUAUUUAUCAGUGGAAUUAAAAAGUUAUAUUUAUCUCGUGAAAUUGUUCGACGAUCUCUCUCAGUAUAAUAGUCAGCGUUGAUGAUUGGGAUUCCACGGGACGACCGGCACAAGAUCACGGUUAAAAUACGCAAUAACAUGAAAAGAAGUACAAGCCGUGAUUCACCGCCGACCCGCGUCAAACGAAGCAGAUCUUCAAUCGGACGAUACGAUGACUCGAGCGACGAGCGCAUAUCACCAGACAGGAUGAGACGUCGAAGCCGAGGAGCAAGAAGUCCAACUCCACCCAGCCGAGCCACUUCCCAUGCUCGUUACGUCGAGUCCGGUUCCCACCGGGAAGACUACCGAGCCACUCCUCGUGAAAUUCCCCCCGAGAGACACUACUACAAGGUCCUCUGCGUGAGUUCCAUCCAUCCCAAAGCCACCGACGAGGUCAUCAAAGACACCCUCUACCGGGAGUAUAAAAAAUUUGGCGAUUUCUCGAUCAGAAUUGCUCACGAGCUCGACGAGCGAGUCGCCUAUGUCUGCUUCCGGAACCAUGAGGACGCACGUGACGCAAAAUAUGCAAAACCCCGAGUCAUAAUCUACGACAAGCUCGCCCUCGUUGACGCCGCCUUUGAACGACCCGACGCCUACCGACGUCCCAGGUCUAUUUCACCGCCAGAUUAUGAUCGCUACUACGCCCGAUCACCAGGACCCACCGACAGGCACAGACCCAUCGAAAGAUACGACCGUGUGUACGGUCCACCAGUCGGAAUUCCACCACAUCGAGAAAUGCGACGAGAGGCUCUUCCGCCACCUCAUCACGACUUUAUCAGACCGCCAAUGCAUCACGGCGGACCUCCGCACGUUCAUCCUGGCGGUGGACCUCCUCAUCACUAUGGUGGACCUCCUCGUCACAUGAUGGUCCGACAUCCGGUUCACGGAUUCGAGCGAGUCGAGAACAAAAAGGACAAGUUUCCCAACUACCUCCACCACGUUCAGCCCGAGGACGAUCCUCUUGCCACCAGGACCCUAUUCGCCGGAAAUCUCGAGAUCAACAUCACCGAGGAGGAGCUUCGGAGGAUCUUCAGCAAGUAUGGAAUUGUCGACGAUAUUGACAUUAAACGACCGCCUCCUGGAACAGGAAACGCCUACGCUUUCGUGAGAUUCCAGACUCUCGAUAUGGCCCACAGAUGCAAAGUGGAACUCUCGGGUCAGUAUAUUGGAAAAUUCCAAUGCAAAAUUGGCUACGGGAAGGCAACGCCGACAACUAGAAUCUGGGUUGGAGGUCUGGGUCCCUGGACCUCGAUUCCGCAACUCGAGAGGGAAUUCGACCGAUUCGGUGCAAUUAAGAAGAUUGAUUAUAUCAAGGGCGACAGCAAUGCUUAUAUUCUUUAUGAUUCGAUUGACGCUGCUCAAGCGGCUGUGAAGGAGAUGCGCGGUUUCCCGCUCGGCGGGCCCGACAGACGAUUGCGGGUGGACUUUGCCGAUGUUACACCAGGUUUUGGUUUCAAGCCGCGGAUGUAUCCGGAGGAUGGUGGCGACUUCAGAUCGAGGCCAGCGGACUACGAGUCGCCCUAUGAUCCGUACGCGGCUGAGGGAGAAUUUGGAUAUGGGGGUCGUGGCUUCCGGGGUGGACGGGGAUCCGGACCCUGGCAUGAGAGAAGAGGCGGCGGACGUGGCGGAUAUCGAGGAAGCUAUCCGGAGGGCUAUGAGCGCGAUAAUCCCGAGUGGAACAGAAGACCCGGUGCAGAAAUUGACUAUGAGAGUCGGGGAAUGCGAAGAUCGAUUUCUCGUGAGCCUGGCGUUGAUAGAUCGAGAUCGAGAUCGCCGAGACGAAGACCCAUGGAUUCGGACUCGGACAAUGAGAUUGCGAGAACGGGAAUGCUCUCGACGUCGCGAACUCUCUCGGACGUGGCGAGGAAGUCAAUUGGAGUUUGGCAGGGAGCACUGAUUUUGAAGAACUCGCUCUUCCCGGCCAAGUUUCAUUUGACGGACGGCGACACGGAGAUUAUCGAGUCGUUGAUGAAGGACGAGGAGGGCAAGCACAUGCUGAGAAUAACGCAGAGGCUGCGUCUCGAUCAGCCGAAACUUGACGACGUCUCGAAGCGAAUUCAGACGUCCAGCUCGCACGCCAUCUUUUUGGGACUUGCCGGUUCCAGUGCGGCGAUCACCAACGAUGACGCGAACGUGCAGACGAGGCCCCUGCGAAAUUUGGUCUCCUAUUUGAAGCAGAAAGAGGCUGCUGGUGUGAUAUCUCUGCUGAAUAAGGACACGGAAGGUACAGGCGUCCUUUACGCUUUUCCACCCUGUGCUUUCUCCACGGAACUACUGAAACGAACCUGUCCGAGUUUGAGUGAGGAGGGUCUCAAGGAGGAUCAUUUGGUGAUAGUUGUAGUGAAGGGAGGUAGCGCCUAAGAUCUUUUUUGAUUUCGGUACUAAAUAAUAGCUGAGUAACAAAAUAAUUAGGCUACUUUAUUAAAGGAAAAGUAAAGCAAUUUCAAGGUUUGGAAAUGUAUCAAAAUUUGGUUGGUAUGUCAGAUAGGUUUUUGAAAAGUGGAAGGAAUGAAAUUGAUUUUUGCUUCUUUCACUUUUUUUUUUUGUUUUCGGCGAAAGAUUCAUAAGAAACAGGCUGGUGUGGUUAAAAUAAAAAUAGAAAAUAAACUCUUUUUUUCACUUUUCUUUGCAUUGACGUGUUUUUUUUUCUUCUAGAGACAGAAAGUAAACUCAAUGUGAAAUUGGUGGAAGGAUUUAAAAAAGAAUUUUUGAGCGGUAUUUUAAUUUUUUGAAUUCAAAUCUUGAGAGAUCUUUUCAUUUGAAGGGUAGAUUGAAUUUGGUUUCUCAGUCCUGUUUCUUAUUUGAUCUUUUAUUAUAGUCAUGCCUUAGUCUCACUACCAUGCAUCAAUACGUUUUCAUAUACUCUAGUAAUUUCGAAAAAUAUUUAGAUGUCCUUGAUUGCUUUUUCUAUAAGUUUAUCAUAUACGAAAUUUGAUUCUGAAAAAUAAUUGAGCGACCUUAUCCAAUUCUAAGUAUUAGAAUGAGUAGCAAAAAUUGAAUCAAUUGAAUUGACAUACACUAUAAUUGUGUUAAAUUUGUAAAUUAAUUUUCCAAAGAGACUUAAAUUUAAUGACAUAAUCGAUAAUCAACCUCUAAAUAUUUUUUGACGAACAAAAAUUUAAGAUAUGAUUUAAGUGGAUUCCAUGUCGGAAUUUUAAAACCCAAAUAUUCAUCUAACGGAUUUUUUUUCAAUUUACACUCAGGAGAAAAAAAAGUUGAAAAGUCCUCGUAAGUUUGAUUUAAAAUAUUUUCUGGUUACUGUAUUUUAAAUGAAGUUUAAAUAUUUCUUGUCGGGACAACAAAUAUUUUUGUCAGUUUUAAAGGCCUAGAGAUGAGGGUUGCUACAUAGCCAUGAAAACCCUUGAAUUUUGAAAAAAUAGCUUGGACAUUUUUUUCUAUUUCUUUUUGAAGUUUUAAUUAUCAUUUCUGUACUUUUUUGCUCAUUUUGCAAAUUUAGUUUGACAAGAAUUGAUUAAGUUACGUUCUAACGAUUUGAAUGAGCACGGGAAUCUGUAGCUUCUUUUGCUAUUGCAUAUUAAUAAUUUUUUUACUAUAUUAAAAAAAUUGUUUAGAAUUUAAUAAUAGUUGAGAAAACGUUUAAAAUUUGCAUUGAUUAAUAAUUAUGUGUAGAGUACCGGCAGAAAUGAUCUGCAAGCCUAUUAUUAUUUUUUUGUUGUUGAAAUUUUGCUAGAAGAAAAAUUUCAAUUUAAUAAAAAAAUAUUGCAAGAAAACAUCAAAGUUCAAUGUUUUUGAACAAUUGGGAUACAUUUUGAAAUAAUCGACAUUUUUAGUCGGUGUUUGGAUAAUUUUAAAGGGUUUAUAUCGCAUUUUGAUGAAUUUUUAACUAAUUUUUAGAUUUUUUUUUCCUUAAUUCUUUCCCAAGGUCGAAAUUGGUGCAGAAAAGUCGCAAAAAUUUACAUAAUUAUGAUACUCGCCCUAGGGUAGUCUUAAAGAAAAAAUUCUUAAAAUAUUUCAGCAAUUUAGUAAAAUUGUUUGGAUACUAAUCUUCAAAAUGAGCAGAGGAAUUUUGAAAAAUGUUCAUUAUUUCCAUAGUUAUUUCAAUUUUACGAAAAAAUUCUCAUUUUGGCGUUUUCUUCAAUAUCGUUCUAUAAAAUUGAAUUAUUUGACGCAAAAUUGUAUUACUCUGCGCUAAUAUAAGGGGAGAAAAUCAUAUUAACAUCAUGAAAAUUAAGCAUUUUUAAACUAAAGUGUAGAUAAUUUCCAUCGGUAGUGUACGAGUAUUUUUUUGCAAAUUAAAUUGCAAACAGAACAAUGCUUCGAAAUUAAUUUAAAUUCAAAUUUUGAAUAUAAUUUUUUUUUAA